UUCAAGUCGGUGUGGCGCGAGCUCAAGGGCAAGGGGUGGACGCGGAAGCCGCCUCCACGGCGCAGUCUCGACGACCGCUACUUCUACGUUCGACCAGGCGAGAGCUCAAGCGGGACGGAAGGCGUUCAUUUCUUCCGAGGCGAGGAGGCAGUACUGGAAUACUACGCA